UCGGUGGCGCAGCCGCAGUAGUUCCGCCUGUAGCGCCGGAUGCGCGCGCAGACCCUCACAUGAUGGAAGUGACUAGGGUGAGACUGACUUUGACCUUACUUCUGGUCCAGUGUGUCACAGGUGGCGCUGACGUGGACACCAGAAGCGUUCAGCUCGUGGAGGAGAAUGUAGAUGUUGAGUACAAGAGGGACAUCCCAGACGAAACCGACUUCGGCCCUUACCCACGUUUAGUGGAAGAUGAGACCGACGACCAGUCAUUCCUCGAGAACGAGGCUGUGUUCGUGAGAAAUGCGGCGAAGAAGAGGUACAGCAACCCGAGCGACUACUACUACCAGCAGAAGGUGGCUCAGACGGAGCGGGAGCUGCAAGUGUGUUGUCGCGAGAUGGGGUGGCCCAUGCCCCGCAUCGUCGUCAGCUCCAACUCCGGGUGGCCGUGGUGGGCGGCGUAUGACGACCGUCGCAAGAGGCAGUACAGUGGCUACACCUACGUGCAGAACCUGGCAGAGAAGCUGUCACUGCUGGAGCGGGAGUUGCUCAGGUGUCAACAGGCCAAGGCUUCGCGGACUCCUGCUCCUCUCACCCCAGACUACCCCAGCUUGAUUCGCAGUCUGGAACUGGAGGUGGCGAACCUCAUCCGGCUGUUGCGGUGGUGUAUAAAGCUGGGAGGCUUCAGCUUCAUCAAACUCAACCAAGACAAGCGCAGCCAACUGUACCAGACACAGCGGGUAGCCAAGCUCCAGACGCUGAAGACUUUGUACCAGUCCGAGGUAACCAGCUGCUUCAAGGGCAUUGGUCGCCUGCCUAACGGGGAGCUAAUACCUACUCCACCACCUCCCACCACGCCGAUACCGACCACCACGACAGUUCUAACCACCACACCUUGGCCAACCACAACUUUACCGUUGACGACAACAUCUGGGAUCUUCACGACCACCAUACCGUCUACUACCCUGUGUUGAGCAACUGAUUUCAACGAGAGUCGCAUAGAAAGUGUUGCUGUCGUAACUCUUACCUGAACUUCCUUGGUGAGCAAAUAAACUGAAACUUCUGCCGUCAA